GAAAGGCGAAGAGUCGGAGAGCCCUGUCGCCUUUAAUCCGUCGCCAUCCUGCGCACCGACCGCCCAUCCCGACCCCGGCAUUAUCCACAAGUUACCGCAAAAGAGCCCUCCACAAGACCAGGCAGAUCGGGAAAGGUGCAGAGAAAAAUUUCCCUACUAGAUGACAUUUCAUCGCAAUGUCCGAUCGUUUGGGGCAGAUAUCAAAGGGAAAGGAUGGGAAAAGCAAAUACUCGUCUCUCAACCUGUUUGACAAGUAUAAAGGGAAGUCAAUAGAAGCCAUCAGAACUACAAUUAUACCUAGACAUGGCUUACAGAGUCUUGGGAAAGUUGCCGCUGCCCGGCGUAUGCCACCUCCCGCAAACCUGCCAAGCUUGAAAUCAGAAAACAAAGGAAACGACCCAAAUAUAUUUAUAGUGCCCAAAGACGGAACGGGAUGGGCAAACAAACAAGAGCAGCCAGACCAAAAGAGUUCCACAGUGACAGCUCCUGUGCCGCAGGAGUUGCUGCCGCCGCAGGGUUCGCAGAAGUCUGUCUCCAAUUUACAGAAACCGAACCCAGUGACAAAUCCAGAGAAUAUAAAUUUAGUGCCAGGUGGGCAAAAGUCAUGGGCACAGCUGAAUGGAAAGCCAGCAGGACAAGAAGGUGGUUCAAGGGGCUCAAACCGACUGUUGUCCUUCUCUCCCGAGGAAUUUCCAACAUUGAAAGCAGCUGGCGAGCAAGACAAGGUUGGCAAAGAAAAGAGCGUCUUAGAUCCGUCGUAUGGGCCCGGACCAAGCCUCCGCCCCCAGAGUAAGCUCCUCGCCCUGCUUCCCGAUGUCACCAGUUGGAGGGAGGGCGGUGGGAGAAUCAUUACUUCUAGUGUGUCUCCGACCGUCUCUCCUACUGAGCCGGGAAGCAAACCCACCAUCCCAGCAGAUGGUGCCCCCUCCCCAGCGCUUGCGAACGAUUCGAAGGAGCUUUCGCUGCGCCCGGCUCAGCCCAACCGAAAAGGGGCUCAGUUCUUGGGGAACUCAUACCAUCCACCAACUUACCAUGACAUGCUACCAGCUUUUAUGUGCUCUCAGCACCAAUCAGAACCCACUGGGACAUCGGAUCGUGCUUCUUUUCCUAUCCACCCUACUUCCCAACCUCGUCUGGAACCUCGUGUACCAUUUAGACAGUUUCAGAUGAAUGACCAUGAAGGAAGAGAGAACCGAUAUCCAGGAGGACCUUCUCGACCUGUACGUCAAACUCGUCCUCAAGGAGAGAGAGCACCAAGGGCCACCAUCAUUAAUGCUGAAGACCUCAAGGAGUUGGAUGACCUUGACAAUGAUGCUGAAGAUGGUUGGGCUGGUCUGCAUGACGAGGUGGAUUAUUCGGAAAAACUUAAGUUCAGUGAGGAUGAGGAAGAUGAGGAUGUCAAUAAGGAGGGCAGAAAUAAAUGGAAUGGCUGGGAUUGCAGAAGGCAGCGGCAGGUCUCUUUUACCUCCACUGACAGUGCAGAUGCAAAGCACCCAACAGAGGAUGGUAAAAACUGGAGCGAUCCAUUGGCCCAUCAGCGACCUGCUCGAAGAACACCAGAACCAUUGCAGCAAGGGUCCCGGAAACCAAACAGCUGGGCAGCAGUAGCUGAGCAACAGCAGAAGUCUACACCAGUUAUUCUGCAACAGUCUGUGGAAGAAAAGGACAAGUUGCCUCCACGGCAAAAGUUUGUGCAGUCAGAGAUAUCCGAGGCAGUGGAGCGUGCCCGAAAACGACGUGAAGAGGAGGAGCGACGGGCCAGAGAAGAGCGUCUUGCUGCUUGUGCCGCUAAAUUAAAACAACUGGAUCAAAAAACAAAACAGGCUCCAAAAUCUCCUGGUGGUGACCUUCCAAGACAGACAGAAAACAAAGAGAAUGAGGACCCACGGUCUCCAGUGUCAGACAAGAGCGGCACUCAGGAGAACAGUCAUGCUUUCCGAAGAGAAUACUCAACGCAGGAAUACCCACCUGAUUACCUAGAGGAAGAACCUGCUGCAGCUCCUCGGGCUGAAACAAGUAGCGAAGAAGAAUAUACAGAAUCUUCCUCUCCCGUUCAGGAAUUCGGUAAACAUCAGAAGCUCAUCCCCCCUAGAUUCCAGCGGCAGCAACAGGAGCAGUUGUAUAAAAUGCAGCAAUGGCAGCAGCAGCAGCAGCAGCAACAACAACAACAACAACAACAACAAGCAGCCUAUGUUGCAUCCACACAUUCCACCCCCCCGCGCACUUUCUAUUCACAUCAUCCACAGAUGUUGGGGUUUGACCCUCGUUGGAUGAUGAUGCCUUCCUACAUGGACCCACGAAUGACCCAGGGCCGGGCACCAGUGGAUUUCUACCCUCCUUCAAUCCACCCUCCAGGAGUGAUGAAACAUAUUAUUCCUCAAGAGUCUAUGACCCCAGCAGAGGAGUGCCAGUCUAGCCUGCAACCAGAGAGGAGACCUCAGUCUGCAGAACCAGUUUCUGCAUGGCACCAAGAUGGUUAUGUCCACAUGCAGAACAAAGUUUAUUCUAUGCCUUUGCCGAAGCAAGCUGAUGCCACCGCGGAGGGCAAUUACAGCAGGAACGAAAGCUCUUACUCGGCCUCAAGAGAAAGGUCAGAGAGUGUACAAACACACCGUGAUACCAUAGAAGAACGUGCAGAAGAUUAUUUAGCAUCCACCAGUUAUGAGAAGAAAUCAACUGGAAACAUAAACAGCUGUAUUUCACCUCAAAGAAGAGGGCAUGAUGUACUGUACCAGCAUCUUGAAACUGCUGCAGAUUCUGGCGUGAACAGGGGGCACCCGAUUAAUUCAAGGGAUGCAUCUUCAAGGAGCUCAGAGCUCCCCAAAAAUGAUAAAAAAUCUCAGUUCAAAGGGUGGGGUCAUGCAAACCAUAAUAAAUCAUCCGACACAGCCAGCAGUGUUGAAGAAGAGGUCCCUAAGGAGGCACAAGGAUUGGGAUCAGAUUUGUGGAAGAAGGAAGAUGGCGUAUGUCAAGACUCAACAAGUGAAGCCCGUUGGCGAAGUGAAUCCACAAACUCAAACAAUCAACAGUCUGAACAUCUAGGUAGGAGCCGUAGAUCUGGUCCAAUAAAGAAGCCAGUUCUUAAAGCACUUAAAGUGGAAGAGAAGGAGCUGGAUAAAAGCAAACCAGAAACAAAAGAUCAGGUGAAAACAAUGAAAGAAAAACUUCUUUCAAGGCCUGAAAAUGUGGUAAAAACUGAACCUACAGUUCUUAGCUCUUCAUCAGUUUUAUUAGAAGAAAAGAAUUUCCAGGCAAGCCACAAUCAGGAAACUGAAAAGUUCCCUCAAGAGAAAGUCGAAAGGAGUUGGGAAACUAAACCUUCAAGAGAGUCGAGCAACCCUUCCAUGACAAAGCGUAGCAACUGGAUAUUUAUUGAUGAAGAACAGGCUUUUGGGGGCAGGUCUCAAGGUCGUGGAAGGGGUAGAGGUUUCAGAGACUUCAGCUUUAGAGGCCGUGGAACUAUCAAUCCCUACAAUGGAACGAGAAUGAGUAGGGGUAGAGGGAUAAGGGAGUUUAACCCCACAGAAGAUUUCAGAGGCAAAGUUUCACGAAGGCGUGUUGCCAGUGAAACACACAGUGAAGGGUCAGAAUAUGAAGAACUUCCAAAACGCAGGCGACAGAGAGUGGUAGAAAAUGGAAAUGAGCCCCCUCUUUUAGAAAGAGAUGGGGAUGAUUCAAGAAAAGGUGACCUUCAGGACUCCUGGAGGUCUAACAGAAAUUAUUCUGAUGAUCCUAAUAUUGAUUCGAAGUCAAACGCCCCACGGGCUUUUGGGCGGACUCUUCCUCCAAGGCUUAGUAAUAGCUAUGGGAGAAGGUCUUUCAACUUCAAAGAAUCAUCAUCUCAUUGGCAGGCCAAAUCUGUUGGAUCUUCUUGGCAGGAGUAUAAUACGUCAUCAGAGUCAUAUGGAACCCGACAUAACACAGAUAAAGACUAUGUCCAUGACUAUAGAUAUUCAGACUCAUAUGCUGGUAGAGGUUUUAAUGAAAACCAAGGAGAUGAGAGGAGACCUUUUUUCCAAGAGGACUAUUUAGAUCGAGAUAGUUUAGAGAAAAGGUCUUUUGGAAGGAGACGACCUCCUCGCCAAGACAAGCCACCAAGGUUCCGACGUCUUAGACAGGAAAGAGAAUCUGUUGGUCAGUUGAGUGGUGAAGAAGUGGGUAGUGUAAAUAAUAAUGAUCAGUGGCAAGUGCGUCAAAAGAUGACGUUGGGUGAGAAAUCUGGUCCAUCUACAAGACGGUCCCCAGAAAUGACUUACCAUAAUGCUGAUCAUGUCAAUGAAGAGUGGGAAACUGCAUCCGAAAGCAGUGACUUUAGUGAGAAGAGACCAGCAGAUAUGGAGGGUGAUGGCAAUCUAUCUGGGAGUGGGUUCUCCGAAAAGAGAGAACUUUCCAAAAGGAGUUUCUCCAGCCAAAGACCUCUUGCCGACCGCCAGAGUCGUAAAGUGGACUCUUCUGGUUAUGAGGAAAAUAACCCAAGAGCCAGUGGGAAUUCUUCACGUAAUGAUUACCAGCAAAAUGGACCUCCAUUAAAAGGAAGUAGAUGUCCUGAAGAGUCAUAUGCUCAAGAAAAUGGCCAGCAUCGCUAUGGAUUGGAGAGGUCUAUGCACUGUGAUAAUGGCGAUGCAUCUGGGAAAAAACAGGAGAGGGACUCCAGGCAAUCCGGCUUAAAGGCUAGCGAUAAAGCAGAAGUCCUAACCCCAUAUGAUAUGAAAUAUGGAGAUUCCGUCCUGGAAGAAGAUCCAGAAAUAGGAGGAGACGGUUACCCUGACACGAGUAGCAAGCCACGACGCGGGCUUGACAAAGAUCGCCGGAAAAGGGACCAGAUAGUCCAGGUGCCUGCCAAGGGCAACGGUAUUCAGUCAAGAAUUCCUCCUCGCUUUGCCAAAAAACAGAAUGGCAUGUGCCUGGAUCAGACAGAUAUGGGUGGCAAAGAAAUUUGGGAGAACAACAACCAAGCUAUGGCUGUACAGUCCGGCGGUGAUACUUGGAGCAAGCCGGUGAGUGCAUUUAGCACAGAGUCCAGCUCUACAGAGGGCUUUAAAGCCAGUCAAGGGGACAGCGGCAUCGACCUAAGUGCGGAGUCUCGGGAAUCAUCUGCCACUUCCUCACAGCGUAGCUCCCCGUAUGGCACCAUGAAACCUGAAGAGAUGAAUGGCACAGGCAUGGUGGAGGCAAAAGGAGAUUGCCCAAAGGAACAAGGGCAGAAACAGUCAGACAAAAAGGAAAAUGAAACUGCCUCUGGUCUAAAUAAAGAACACAAGCCAGGUCCGAUUGGCAAUGAGCGUUCCCUAAAGAACAGAAAGGGGUCAGAAGGGACAGAACGUUUGGAAGGUGGUGUUCCUCCAGUUAAUGGGGUAGAAAUCCACGUGGAUCCAGUUCUUGCUGUGACGCCCAUUGAAUUUGGUGUAAGCUCAAAAGAUGCAGAUUAUUCCUUACCCCCUGCAGCAGCCCCGGGAUCUGCAGGUAACACCGUCACAAAGCUUCAAGAUUCUUUGGUGGGGAAGGCUGGAUUAACACAGUCCAUACAAAUGCUAAGAAGAGAUCACGCCUUACAGCAGGGGAUUGGUUUAAACACCAUAUCCUCAUACUCUUCUGCUGACUUCACACUAAAGAUGGAGUCUGCACGCAAGGCAUGGGAAAACUCGCCCAAUUUGCCAGACCAGAACUCUCCGGUUGGCUCUGGCUCUGGAAUACAGCCUCCUUCCAGCGUGGGGGCUUCCUCUGGCGUUAGUUACAGCUCCUUCGGCGGGGUGUCCAUGCCACCCAUGCCCAUUGCUUCUGUGGCCCCUUCUGCCUCUAUUCCAGGUAACCACAUGACUCCCUUGUAUCUAGAUGGUCAUGUGUUUGCAAGUCAGCCCCGUCUGGUACAGCAGACAAUACCUCAGCAACAAGGAUACCAGCAGGCGGCAGCAGCCCAGCAGAUCCCCAUUUCUUUACACACAUCCCUCCAGGCGCAGGCCCAGCUAAGUUUGAGGGGAGGACUUCCUGUUUCCCAGUCACAGGAAAUGUACAGCUCAAUGCAGCCUUUUAGGUCCCAGAUGUACGUACACCCAAGCCUCUCACAGCCCAAUGCCAUGGUACUCGCCAGUGGCACUGGUCUCAAGCCUCCGUACUCCCCGUUUCCUGGCAUGCAACCCCUCGAGAUGGUAAAGACACAAGCUGGUUCAUACCAGACUAUGAAUGGAAGCCAGCAGCUUGUUUACGAAAGCCAGCUGAACCAGUCUGCAGGAAUGGGAGCUUCUCAGAUGAUGGACUCUCAACUGACACAGUUAACCAUGCCAAUGUCUGGUGCACAGCUUCAAAUGCCACGUUACAGUUCUGGCCAACAAGCCAUGCUUCUGCCACAGUCCAUUCAGCUUUCCCAAGGGCAAAAUCUGCCUGUUGGGGCACCUCGGAGAAUGCAACCCUCAGUCUUAACCACAAACAGAGAGUCCUCCCAAAUGGAGAUGAAAGGUUAUCAUUUCACGGAUGGUAAACAAAACAUGCCCUCGACCAACAUGCAAGCACAGCAUUCCUAUCGGCCCAGUUCAGCUAGUCCCAGUGGAAAAUCACCUGGACCGGGGCCAUCUGCCAACUUGGGGUCUGUGCAAGGACACUAUCCUCAACAGGUAAAGCAGAGGUCGGAUGACAACAGAGGAAGCAGCUUGGCAUCUCCAAAACUUUCCGAGCAGUCCUCAGCUGGUCAGAUGAAACCCGUCCGUACAGGAACCAUCAAACCUCAAAUGGUGAAGGUGGAAGAAAGCAAGGCCUAGCAAGAAGUCUUUCUGUAUAUACCAACUUGUUCCACCUCCCACUCUUACCCAUCACCCCCCUGUUCUCCUUCUCUAUGACCAUAUCUUCCUGAUCCCUAAGGAAUCUUCAUCGAAGAAUGGCCCUAUACAGUCAUGAGAAAAACACAAAUAUUAACUGCCUGUACAUUCUCUGAUAACUCUGUGGCCAUGACUUUUUGUCUGCUUCAAGCAAAACGGACUCCUGUGUUUUUCAAGGAGCACGAUAGGCCUUUUACCCUUGUCCUCACCCAAUCCCCUCAUCAUGUGGCCAUGCAGUCGGUGAUAUGUUGGUCUCUCAUGUCCCAGCCUCCAUCUUGUAACUGACAUAAAGCUACAUAGCAACGUCAUUACUUUCCUCAGUUAUGAUUUUAAUGUACUUUUAUCUGUCCCCUAUUUUGUAUUUUUUUUUUACUACAGCUGUAGCUUAUGACAAACUGCAGAGAUUUUAGACAAACUUGUUUUUUGUUUUUUUUUACCCUAUCGAUAGCUCAUUGUUUCUUUUUAUAUAUUUUAAACACCCUCCCUGCCCCACUAUGUAUUACUUUCUUGUUCCACAGAAGUUGUCAGAUCCUUAGGAGGACAUUACAAGUGAGGGUUGGCAUGGCCAAUAUUAAACACACCGAGAGACAAUUUGGCAAGGCUUUCAUGGUGGGGUGUAGCUGGCAUCAAAUUGAACAUUGUUAACCAAUUUUGGUGGACCCUCUUAGGAAAUGAGCAACUUACAAACUUUCUGACUGGUCUCACUGAUUGGUAAAACUUCCGUGUCCACUUCUGUCCCUUCCUGUCUGGAUCAUUCAGUACUUGUACCCUAAACAGCUCUUACACUAACUGUCUACACAUCAAACCUUGGCAAAGAAACCUAAAUAACUCCCCCCAUCCCCUCUUCCCCCCCACCCUUUUGAUUUACAAUCACUGUACAUAGAUUAGCAGCUGACAAUGUCCAGAAUAGAACUCUUACAUGAAAUUGCUUCCUUCACUUUUAUAUACUUGUUUGAAAAUCGACCUGCAAUUAAGAUCUCAGAGCUGUCACAGUUUGAGCACUACGAUGGUCAAAAGGGUGCUUGGUGAACCUUAAGCUGAGCAGACAAAUUGCUAUGUUCCAGACAUGACCAUCUGCUUAUGGUACACCACUCCUUUUUCUGUAUAGUGGAGGAAUGAAGUUUCCUAAUGUAUUUUUCUGGACUGUCCCCAUGCAUGCUAACUGGUAUUUAAUGGGUUCCCCUACCACUGUACUAUUAUUCAAAGAAUGGUGAAUGUUAAAUCUAUUAAUCUCCUUGGCCUAAUUGUGUAGAACAAUCGACCAACUGGGGACACCAUUCUAGAGAAAUGUUUUAUUUAUAAUGUUAUGACUGGGAAAGGGGUUCUCGAUUUUCAUCUUUUAGGCAGUUAGUGCAAUGGGGUCUUUUUAACCUGCCCUCUUUUACCUUGUUGACAUUCACUUCAAUCAAGGAGUUGGCCUGUUUUGAAAUAGGGUGAUGUCCUUCUCAGCUCAAGUCUUCAGGUUCCAAGCUUUCAUUAAAUGCCCUGCCUUAUUUGUAACUGGGUUAUGACUGGCUCACCUGUGCUCAAGUAGAGAUGUCUAGGAGUUGGUAGCACCAUCCCUUGAGUAGGAGCAACCUCAAAGAUGUUUCUACUUCAGUAUAGAUGGGCCAAUCGCUAGUCGAGCCACGUUGAUGAAUCUCUGUGCUCCUUGUGGGAUUUUAUGAAUGUCUGGACUUUCUCGCAGCUUUGGAGGACUAGAAUUGAUUAUCCCUUCUACGUUAUCCUGCUAAUCGUUUGGUUAAAUAAAUUAUCAUACAGUAGAAGUAACAGGUUUUCUGAGUAAUUGCUAGUCUCCUCGUGGCUAGGAGUUUACAAGUGGAAAAAGACUCACAAAAUAUUUAACUUCUAUACAAACUAUUCCAUGAGAAAUAAAAGUUUUUAUUUUCUUGGGUGUUACAA